AUUAUUUUAUCCUUCAAACGAUAAACUUACAAUGAGUGGAAUUCAAGUUUGGGAUCAUGUUCUUAAAUGGAGACUUGCUCAAAAUCCAGAACUUUCUUCGGAUCAUUCUAGUUUAUACAUAUAUUGUUUCACAAAAUGUUGA